AAACCAAACUUUUUUAUAAACAACCAAAUUGUACUAUUCGCAUUAUUCAAAAAAUGUUUAACAUUUUUGCCUUAAUUUAGUUUUCAUGUUAAAUUCACUGCUGCAUUCUCGGCAGACGUCGCUUUAGAGCGCCAGCAACAGCGGGAAUAGCAGAAUAAAUUUUAGUGCGCCAGAGCAAUGUCAGCAAUAGAAACGUGUGUUUUGGUGUCUACAGAAACGUGUUCGUUCGAUUAAAAAUUUUGUGCAUAAAUAAAUUCAUAAUUAAUUUGACCAAAUUUAAAAUUAAUAAAAAAUAGUAAUUUAAUAGAUUGGAAACUUCGCGGUUUAAGAAACAAAACGUUUUCACGAUUUCACCUGCCAGUGCUCUCACUAACAGCACUCCCUCUCUCUCACUCCUAGGUAAUGACAAGUAGUACGAGUCCCCGGAUUGUCAUCAUAGGCGCAGGCGUCUCUGGCAUAUCUUGCGCUGUUCGACUACUCGACUAUGGUUUUCAAAAUGUGCUUCUUCUAGAGGCCGAACCACGUAUUGGUGGACGUGUUCAUACCAUAAAGUUUGGUGAAAACGUCAUCGAUUUGGGAGCACAAUGGUGUCACGGUGAAAAGGACAAUAUUGUCUACGAGCUGGCCAAUAAACAUAGUUUACUCGAAUCAACCGGAGAUGUUUAUGAAAAUUACAAGUGCAUACGGUCUAAUCGGGAGGUUGUGCCUGAAAAUAUUAGCCAGCGACUGAAAGAUAUCGUCAGCGAUAGUUUAGUGACACGUCAAAUGGAAUUACGAAACUGUAAUGGGUCACUCGGUAGCUAUUUAACUAACAAAUUCUAUGAGGCUUUGCGUAGACCGGAAAACUCUGAUAUUGACAUGGCGAUAGCCAAAGAGUUUUUCGAAAAUUAUCAAAAAUUCGAGAAUUCAGUGGAAGCCUCGGAUACAUUAGAUGAGGUAUCGGGUCGUGGCUAUUUGGAAUAUUGGGAGUGCGACGGCGAUAUAUUGCUCAAUUGGAAGGAUAAAGGUUUCAUCGAAUUUCUACGUUUGAUGACAAAGGCAAAUAAAAUGGACAAUGAGUUGGGUGUGUUGGAAGAGCGGGUGUUACUGGACAGUAGUGUAACGCAGAUAUGUUGGAAUCGUAACGAUUGCUGUGUAGAUAUUAAGUGCAAUGGUGGUGAGAUGAUUAUUGCAGAUCAUGUUAUACUCACCGUAUCGUUGGGUGUACUCAAGGAGCAGCAUAUAACACUAUUUGAACCCAAAUUGCCUGUGGAGAAGCAACGUGCUAUUGACGGUCUGGCCUUUGGCACAGUAAAUAAGAUUUUUAUUGAAUUUCCUGAGAAAUUUUGGCCUGAUGACUGGACGGGUUUUACACUGCUGUGGCGCGAGGAAGAUAUCAAUGAAAUACGUGGCACUUCCCGCGCUUGGUUAGAGGAUGUGUUUGGCUUUUACUGCGUUAGCUAUCAACCGAAAAUUCUGAGCGGCUGGAUUAUCGGCGCCAAUGGACGUCACAUGGAAGCGCUGCCCGAAGAUGAGGUGCUUGAGGGAUGUAUUUAUUUAUUUCGUAAGUUUCUGAAAUGGGACAUACCCAAUCCCAGUAACUUCAGAACAUCGGCCUGGCAUACGAAUGCCAACUUUCGAGGCUCUUACUCCUUUCGCUCGAUGUACACCGAAGAAGUGGGCACAAGCGCACGUGAAUUGGCGCAACCGCUUACCGUUGUUACGAGUACGCCAUUAAGUAAUGGCGGCGAAUCAAAUGCGAAUCCACUCUACCCGCAAACACGCUGUGAUAAACCAAUUGUACAAUUUGCCGGCGAAGCGACUAGUGAUCAUUAUUAUUCCACAGUACAUGGCGCAGUAGAGGCGGGCUGGCGUGAGGCGAAACGUUUGGCAGAUUUCUAUGGCAUGCCACAAAAUGGCACAAAAGAACCGAAAGCACAAUUAUAACAGUUUUAGGGCUUUGAAUGCUAGCAUAGAGUGAUUUGAGAAAAAGGGCGAGAGCGCGGGUGCGAAAUACUAUAUGAUUACACUCAAUGGGCUCUUAGUACUCUAUGCAGUUUUGUGGGCAUUCGAAGUCCUGAAUAUGCAAAUUGAAAAAUAUAAAUCUAUACAGUUUUCCAUUGAUAUAUAAAUAAUUGCUAUUUAUUAUUAACACGCUCAUAUUAGCGAAGCAGUUAAUUUCUGAUGGCCAAUCAAAAAAUAAAAACAAAAAUAGUUAAAAAUAAAACUCUUCAAACUCAAAAUUCACUGAGCUUCUUGAAAAACUUUGAUAUCACAAAUUGAGUAUUUGUUUAAAAUUGUAGAAAUGCAAAGAACUGCGGCACUUUUUCGGAGAAUUAUGCGCCAAAAUCUAUAAAAGUAAAUGUUACAAUCGAAAAUAUAGCUUCGAAAGCGCUGAAGAUUCUUCCGGCAUACUUUUAGGUGGAUUUAUUAUUUUUCAUUUCGUAUUCGGUCUAAAACAAAACAAAUAACCCGCGGUGCUUAGCCGCUCAAAUUAUUAUUGCCAUGCAAUUUAUAAAUGCAAGUAAAGACGUUAUAGCCAUUUAUACAAAUUAUGCUAAUACACACCGUACUGAAAAUAUAUCAAGCACAAUAAACAGUAGAGCAGCUGAUUUUAGUUUUUUCUAUUUAAUUUGUCUCUAAAUGUUAAGUUAAACACUUAAAGUUUUGUUUAAAUACACAAACUGUUAAUCUUUGAAUAUAGAUUUUGAGAUUAUUUCGCCCAAGAGCAAAAACAAAUUGGAUUCCUCUUGUUUUUUAUUAUUUUUUGCUUUACUGCUUCUACCUGGUCAAUGUAGUGACAUAAGUACUUACACUUGUGCUCACAUAAAUAUUGAAUAACAAAAACCUGAUGAAUUAUAGUUUGAAACUUUGCACAAAACUCACAUAAAUUUAACAAAAAAUCGAAAAACAGUUUUAUAGCCAAUACAAUUUUAAUAUAGCAAGUGUUGCUGUUGUGAGAUUAUUUUUUUUGGAUACGAUGUUGAGCCGAUGUCCAUACAAAGCGCAUGCUCGAAAGUUUUUAAAUGGAAGAAAAUGCUCAAACAGGUUUUUGUUAUUUAAUAAACUAUACUUUUGUAAAAGAAAAAAAUUUAUAAUGGAAAAUAUUGUGAAUGCUGUAGAAAAAGAAAGUUGCUUAAAUAAGUGAGAACAAAUGUACGCUUAAUAACAAUUGAAACUCAAAUAAUGGUUGAAAUGCUAAUAAUUACAAUAAUAAUAGAGAUGUCAAGUUUUAAUAAAAUAACCUCUGAGCCUGAUUGUUACACAAUCCUUAUCCCUUUAAAUAUUGUACCACUUAUCGUACUAUUUGCAGCCUGUAAUUUUUUAAAGCAUAAUAACUAAAUAUUUUAUGACCUCUAAAAGAGCAAACUGUUUAAUCUUACUAGAAAUAUAUCUUAAAAGCAUUAUUUGUCUCGUAUUCGUAAAAUUAAAUUCGAGAUCAGAAAUUCUUCUGCUCUGACAGGGUCUAUAGAUUUUAGCCUACAUUUUAUGAAAUAAAUAAAAUCAAAUGGCAAAAC